AUGAAAGAAAAGCGUUCCAAAAAACAUAAGAAAAGCUCGAAGGAAAAGAGAUCUAGUGAAUCAAAGAAAAAUAAAAAAAGAAGACAGUCCUCAGAUUCCUCAUCAAAUUCUGAAUCAGAUGAGUGGGUUGAGCAGGAAAGAGUUAAAAGUGAGUCUGCUGGUAGGGAUGAAUGGAUGGCUAUGACUGGAAUGCUGAAAACAUACACCAAGGAUGAUAUUAAACCAAAACAAGAUAAAGCUGAGAAAAUGCACAUUGAUUCAUACAACCCAGCCACAAGCAGUAGAGAAUUGAACCCAUACUGGAAGGAUGGAGGCUCCGGUGUACCACAAUCGUCAGAAAGCCUAUCAAAAAGUAGAAAAUUUAUGAAGCCAUCAUAUGACGAUGAUUAUUAUAACACAUCUAGUUCAUCUAGCAGAAAUAAGAAUGAUAGGCCAUACAAGCAGAAUAGAGAUUAUGAAAGAUCUUCCAACUGGAAAAAGGAAACAAUUGAUAGAAGGGAAGAAGAUAGGAGAAAAUACCAUGAUAAAAAAGAUAAUUUAAAUUCUGAACAUGAUAAUAAAGAUAAAAGGAUUGAAAAAGAUGAUCGUAUACAUGACAAUUUAAAGAAAAGCAUUGAAACAAAAACACCUGAUUCCUCAACAAAAGAGAGGAAAGAUUUGUAUCUAUCUGAUGAAAAGAUGAAUAAAUUAGCAGCUAAAAUCGUUAAAGCUGAAAUAAUGGGUGAUUUAAAACAAGUUGAGGAACUUAAGUCUAAAUUGGAGGCAGCAAGAGAGUAUAGGAAAAACAACCCCAAUGUUGAAAACUUAGAAGAUAAUAGAGUUUUAUUAAUGUCUACGACCAGUACUGGAAGUAGCAGACCUUUGACGAACAAUCCUCUUGAUAGUAAAGGCAAGGGUAAUAAACGAAAGGCCCAAACACAUGAUUCCGAAGGACGACUGAAAUACUUCGGAGACGAUGAUAAAUAUAACUUAAAACAAAUGUUUGAACAAGAAAAGUAUGGUAAUAAUUACAAUGAAGAUGCUGAGUUAGUGAGAGCUGCUAACAAAAGUAAGAAUCCAAAUGAUGAUUUAGCUGACAUUUUCUUAGAUAAUAUCACAAAGAACAAAAACACAUCAAGAAAUAGUGAAAUAGAAAAGCAACAAGCUAUAAAUCAGAAUGUUAAGCUUGAAAGAUCUUUGGAAGGAUGUGAAUAUUGUUUCGAUUCCAAAAAUAUGUUGAAGCAUCUAAUAGUCAGUUGCGGAAACAAGAUAUAUAUGGCAUUACCAUCGAGGAAAUCACUUGUCAAGGGUCAUUGUAUUCUAAGUACAAUACAACAUUCAACUUGUGUGACCAAUGUUGACGAAGAUGUAUGGGAGGAAAUAUUAUAUUACAGAAAAAUGAUUACCCAAUACUAUAAUUCUCAAGAUCAGGAUGUAGUAUUCUAUGAAACUGCAACAAGAUUACACAGAUUUCCACAUUUAGUAAUUAAUUGUGUGCCGAUGCCAAGAGAUGUUGGUGACACAGCAUCCAUAUAUUUCAAAAAAGCACUUUUAGAGUGUGAAGCGGAAUGGUCUAUGAAUAAAAAGGUUGUGGAACUAAAGGGAAAAAACAUAAGACGAGGAGUUCCUAAAGGUUUGCCUUAUUUUUGGGUUGACUUUGGUAUGGAUCCAGGUUUUGCCCAUGUCAUAGAAGACCAACAAUUAUUUCCCAAAUCCUUUGCAGAGGAAAUUAUUGGUGGCAUGUUAGAUUUGGAUCACAGCCUUUGGAAGAAUCCCAAAAAGGAAUAUGGAGAUAUUCAAAGAAAAAAGGUUAUAGAAUUUGUAAACGAAUGGAAACCUUUUGAACAAAGUUUUAAAGAUAAUAGUUAA